GCUUCAGUCACCGUCCGCAACAAGUGAAAACACCAACCGGAAACAAGCACUGUUAUCCCCUCAUUUACGAAAAUUAUCACUUUAGCCGUCCGCCGGGACUCUCUUUGGGCUCCCGGACCAGACCCAAUCCCGCGUUGGCUUCUUCCGAGGGUCCGAGCCCCGCGAAGAAGCAAGCCCCGUCCUCCCAUACGGUCCGCGGGCAACAGCGGAGCCAGAGUGCCGGUGCCCCGGAGCCCCAGGAGCGGCCGAGCCCCAGAGAAAUGGCCGCGACCAAAGCGGAGCUGCUGCUCUCGGCCCUGCAGAUCUCCGAGCCCCUGGCCGGAUUUCCUCCCGUGCUGUCCCCGUUGGACGGCUACCCGAAGCUGGAGGAAUUGCAGCUGCUUCUGCAGAACGCCGCCGAGGGUGGAGGUCUGCUGAGCGGGGAGACCGGGGACUACGGAGACCUCCUGUCGGAACUGGCUGACCUGCAGGGCCUCCCCCCGCUGACCCCUCGCGUCCCCCCUCUGGCGUACAGCGGCCGCUUCACCUUCGAGCCGUCUCCCGCGCCCGCCGGCGGCGGCCUGUGGCCGGAGCCUCUCCUCAGCCUCUUUAGCGGUUUGGUCAGCGUCGCAGCUCCUUCAGCUCCCCCCUCUUCUUUGUCGGUGACGUCCACCCCGAGCCAGUCGCGCUUCGGCUGCGUCUCCGCCGAUGUCGCCUCCGUCUUUUCCGUGGCACCGACGUUCGCCGCCGUCGACUCUCUGGACCCCCAGCCGACACCCUUCCUGUCGCAGAGGCCGCCCCCGGCCUACCCUUCCUCUCGGCUGCCCAUGCUCCCGGACUACAUCCUGCCUCAGUCGCAGGAUGCCGAGCUCCACCUAAACCGGGAGCGGAAGCCCGUGAUGUCACAAGGUGGGAAUCCCCCACAACCACCGCUCACGCCACUCUCCACCAUAAAGGCCUUCUCCUCCUCGCACUUGCCCAAACAGCCCCUCACCGCGCCCACCUGCCAGCUCACUAAACCGUGCAGGAGGAAACUGCAGGGCAAAGCGUCCCCACACGAGCGUCCCUACAUGUGCCCGGCGGACGGCUGCGACCGCCGCUUCUCCCGCUCAGACGAGUUGGCCCGCCACGUGCGCGUGCAUACGGGCCAGAAACCCUUCCAGUGUCGCAUUUGCAUGCGCAGCUUCAGCCGCAGCGACCACCUGACCACCCACAUCCGCACCCACACGGGCGAGAAACCCUUCGCCUGCGGCGAGUGCGGACGCAAGUUCGCCCGCAGCGACGAGCGCAAACGGCACACCAAGAUCCACCAGCGGCACCGGGACCGGAACGCCAUCCCCGCCCCUCCCGCCUCCUCCUCAGCUUGCUCACCCGCUCACAGCUCCUCCUCGCCCGCGCCUCCCGUCUUUAGCCCUUCCUCCUUUCCGAGCUACCCCAACCUCUACUCCUCUUCCAGCUGCUCCUCAUCCCCUCGUUCGGAGCGGCCGCCCAGCAUUUCUUCACUUCACAACAUCUGCUAACGGGAAGUUGGACCUCUGAGCGUUCAGAUGGUUCGCUGAGGACACACAUCACGAGUAAAACAUGAGAGCUGCGAGCAGGGGUGAACGGGCCCUCGCGCCUCCUUUUGCAGACUUGAAACCAUUAUCAAACUGUUAAACCCUGGGAUCCACCCACAAUGGCUGCUUCAAAGCAAAAUGACAAACUUCCUGUACAAUUUCCAGUAUGGGUCCUUGAGAUAUUUUCAUGCGUCCUGUCACGAUAGACGUGUCCACCCAAUUUGACGAUUCCGAGAGGUGCAAAGAACUCGAACCCACAGCAAUGACAAUAAACUAUAAAAAGUUCAUUAAACAAAUUAAACAAUUGCCCCAAUCAAACACAGUUUGUGAACUGAAUGUAAAAAAAUUUGUAAUGUGUGUAUAUAUAUAUAUAUAUAUAUAUAUAUAUAUAUGAAUAUUUUUGUACAUAUAUAUAUUAUUUUUACCUACCAUGUAGGUUUGAAUGUUCACAUGCAUUUGACACCUAAUGUUUUCCUCUUAACGGAACAAGAAUAAAAAU